AUGACUAAAAUUCGAGAAAAAUUAUUUAACAUUGCAAUUAAUAAAGCAUAUGUAUUAACAGAUUAUAAUAUUCAAAGUACCUUAGACAAACAAUUUGAAUUUAGAAAACAAAUUAUUCUUGCUGAUAAAUCUCUUACAAAAAAUGAAAUAUCAUGUGCAAUAAAUUCUUUAAAUAAACAUUUUGAUUAUUAUAAACUUCUUUUUACGAAGGGACAAAAAGAAUUUGUGAAAUGUCAAAUGGAAACACUUAGAUCAGAUUAUAUAGUAGAAUGGAUCCCAUAUGAUAAUCUAAAGAAUAUUAAAUUUUUAACCAAAGGCGGAUGCUCUGAAAUUUAUACAGCAGUUUGGAUUGAUGGAAGUUAUGAAGAAUGGGUUUCAAAAGAAAAACAAUUAAAAAGAUAUGGAGAGCAAAAUGUAGUACUCAAAAAGUUAGAAAAUGGUAAAUCUCAUUUAUCUAUAAGUAAAAAAUAUUCACAAGUUGUCCCAUGUUAUGGUUUAAUAAAAGAUACAUCAGAUGGAAAUUAUAUACUUGUAAUGGAUCAUAUGGAUGUUAAUUUAAGAGAAUAUUUACAACAAAACCAUAAUAAUCUUAAAUGGAAAGAAAGAAUUCAAAUAAUUAGGAAUAUUACUUUUUCACUUUCUGAAAUCCAUCAAGAAAAUGUAAUUCAUAGAGAUUUACAUUCUGGAAAUAUAUUAUUUGGUACUAUAUCUCAAUUAUUCAAACUUAGCGAUUUUGGAUUUUGUAGACCAGCUGAUAAACCAUUAAAUAUAUUGGCAUCAUGCUUAUGUGGGAAAUUUCAUCCGGAUAACCAACCACCUUUUAUUAAUUUUGAAAAUGAUUGUGAACUUGCACUAAAAAUAAUAAAUGGAAUGAGACCAAAAAUAGUAUCAGGAACUCCUUUAGAAUAUAAAGAAUUAAUGGAACGAUCAAAUACUGCUCCAAAAAUAAAUGACAUAAGUAAUUUGAAACUAACAAUUCAAGUAGCAGAUUAUUUACAAGCUUAUCAAUUUAAAAAUCUACCUGAACCAAAAAAUGCAACUGAAGAAGAAGGUACAUUAUCUAUUAUUUAUAUUUAA